AUGACACACAAGCCCUCCCUCGUCUUUGUUCCCGGAGCAUGGCAUACCCCAGAAUACUGGGGCAAAGUAACAUCAGCCUUGGAAGCUCAAGACUAUAAAUGCAUACCUGUCACACUCCCUACCACACAAUCAACAAACCCCUCGGUCAACUUCUCCACCGACGUUAAAGCCGUUCGCGAGGCUAUUAUGGAAGAGACUGCUCAAGACCAGGAUGUUGUUAUCGUAGCCCAUUCCUACGGCGGCGCUGUGGGUGCCAGUGCCAUCAAGGGUCUAUCGCGGAAGAACGCAGAAGAAAACAAGGGAAAUGGUCAUAUUAUUGGCCUUUUCUUGAUUGGAACGGGUUUUGUCGCUGCUGGAAUAUCCUUUCUGGAUGCUAUGGGUGGCAAGCCUCCGCCACUGUGGGCUACCGACUAUGAAAACAAUACCAUGCCUCUUCAACUCGAUCCAGCUGAAAUGUUCUUCCACGAUAUGCCUGAGGAGGACGCAAAGUACUGGGUGGGAAAGCUCACCGAUCAGGCGCUGACGUCUGUAACUGACGGAUACGAAGUCUCGUAUGAGGGAUGGAAAGAUGUGCCUGUAUGGUAUAUUAUGACCGCAGAGGACAAAAACUUUUCGCUUGAGACACAGCAGAUGUUUGCACAGUCUGCGAAAGAAGCUGGCGCCGAUCUGGUUGUGCGUGAGAUUGCGAGCAGCCAUUCUCCAAUGUUGAGUAAGCCCGACGAUACUGUCAAGUUUCUGGAGGACGCGCUUGCAGCGUUUGCCAAUGCUUAA